UCUGUGUUGAUUGUGUUGAGGUGAACACUUCUAAAAUGCCCAAGAAAAGGCAAUAUUCUGAAGAAAGCCUAAAUUAUGAAUGAAACAAUAUGUUGACAGUUUAGUGAGUGACAAGCGAUUAAUAUGUCAUCCACAUAAAUAAUUAGGAACAACAACUCUCCAGCGAUUAUUGCAAUGUAAAAACAAUUGUCGAUUUCACUGCGCCGAAAUCCAAGCGUCGAAACGAAUUCAUGGAAUCGAGAAUUCCAGGCUCGUGAAGCCUGUUUAAGUCCAUACAAUGAUUUCUGUAACCUCGCUACUAGGUCACCAGAAUCGAAUUCCUUCGGUAAGCGCAUAUAUAUUUCUUGAUCCAAGUGCCCGUUCAAGAAAGCAGUUUUUACAUCAAGUUGAUGAAGAUGCAUUCGCUCCUGAUUUGCAAUAGCCAGUAAAACCCGUAAUGUUGUCAAUCCAGCCACUGGAGAGAAGGUCAAAAACUGAUCUUAAAUUCGAUGAAAGCCGUUCUUGCUAUGCCGACUGGGAAUUCACGCGAUCUAUAUGCCACACAUCCAUCUUUUAUCCGGAUAAUGGAUUCCCAGGCUAACAAAAUUCUGCACAUGAUAUCGGACGUAUUGAAGAUGCACGAAAUUAAGGGAAGCAUAGUAGUGCGCGACAAAGAGGAAAAGUUUGAACUCUUGCAAGAGUUUAAUGAUACUAUUCUCGAAAGGAUCAACUCCAACCUGGAUGAAGCUGCUGGAAUAAAAAAGAAACAUGAAACUGUGUUGUUGCACAGUGAGAUUCAAAUUCCAGCAGAGCCACGGCCUCGUCUAAGUGGAACAUGGAACAAUAACAAUACCGCUGCGUCCGGGGUUAAGGCAACGCUAAUCACAGGAACAAAUAUUCCAAGACCACAAGCGAACUUUAAAAUACCCGUAGAUAAUUCGGCUCUCAAUCCGUUUGUACCGAAAAUAAAAGAGAAACCAAACUCCUUGAAACCACUCGCUGUUCUGCCGGAGUAUGAUGACGCUGGAAACAUUGUAUCAUACCUUCAUCCAUAUGAGUUUGAAUUGGAUCGGUUUGAACCUCCCAAAGAUGCCCUUGAACCAUGUGAGCCACAGGAACCGAUGAAUUUAAAAGAAACGCCGCUAGAUUUUAUUGAUAAAGAAAAUCAGCUGGUUGGGCUUCUGAAAGAACUAAGGAAGGUCAAUGAAAUUGCGAUAGAUUUAGAACAUCAUUCCUAUCGAACUUUUCAAGGUUUUACGUGUUUGGUACAGAUUUCAACCAGAAGCAAGGACUACAUUAUAGAUGCUCUUGCACUUCGUGAAGAAUUGCAUGUACUCAAUGAAGUAUUUACCAAUCCGAAGAUUGUAAAAGUUCUACACGGAUCGAUCAGUGACAUAGAGUGGCUUCAGCGGGAUCUUGCUUUAUACAUUGUUAAUAUGUUUGAUACUGCAGAGGCUGCAAAGGUUCUAGAAUUUUCCCGGUUAGGUUUGCAGUUUCUUUUGAAACAUUUUUGCAACAUCGAAACUGAUAAAGCUUUUCAAUUGGCUGACUGGCGUAUUCGUCCAAUACCGGAAAGCUUUAUUGAUUACGCGCGGAAAGAUACACACUACCUGUUGUAUAUCUUUGAUCGCAUGCGGAAUGAACUGAUAGCGAAAGGACCUAGUUUUCUUCGGACCGUUUACAACAAGUCCUCUUUUCUUUGCAAACAUCGCUACGAGAAAAGCGUAAUCAAUGAAGAUGCCGUCAUGAACAUUUAUCGCCGCUCAAAGCACGUGUUUGACCAGCGCCAAAUGUACGCCUUCCGUGAGAUUCUCUACUGGAGGGACAAAAUCGCUCGCCAAGAAGACGAAUCCCCUGGAUAUGUACUGCCACAGCAUAUGGCACUGGAUAUUUCAUCCAAAUUACCUCGUGAAAUGCAAGGAAUUAUCGCAUGCUGUACACCCGUUCCGUCCCUUGUACGACAACAUUUGCAUACGCUUCACCAGAUCAUUCUAAAGGCUAGAGAAAUUCCUUUGAAUAAAUCGGUCCCUCGAGCAAUCGAACAGCAGCAGGAUACAAGACAUAAAAUGCAAUCUUUGUUCGAUAUUAGUAACCCGUUGUUCUGUCCUCAUGAUAAUAGUCAAGGUGUCCAUUUGGAGACGAAUUUGCCCACGCUGCUUGACUCUCCUAGCAAGGUUAAUAUUUGCGAAAAGAUGGUGCGCUGUUUGAUGAAAGCAAGUCCCGAUGCUGGAGUUUUCGAGGAGACUAAAAAAAGGGUGCUCGAUGAGAAGGGUCGAUUUGUGUUGGACGUAAGCUCUCCCCAAGAAUCGCGGAUGGCUAAAUUUAUUGAAAUGCAUUACAACAAGCAUAGCGAUGGAGAGCAGAGUUUAAACGAAAGUCUACAUUUAUCUUAUAAGGAUCGUACAUUCAACAGUCCUUAUGAGCGCCACGCCGAGACGUGUCGUAACCGUUAUCAAAAUGGGUCAGAUGCGGAGGAAACAAGGACAGUUGCUCAAGUGAAAUGUGAACCUGAUGAAUUGAAUGAAACCGUUGAACCCAUCUCCGACCCAGUUAAAAAAGAACCUAUAUCCGAAAAUAGGAGAAAAAUUCCUCUGAAAGUGUUAAAACGGAAAGAAGAUUUGGAAGCCAAGCGAAAAAUGGAACAAACCGAAACUGCUGAUAAAAUAAAAUUCAACAAUUACGAACCCCCAGCAAAGAAAGAAAAGAGCGACAGACGAUCCAAGGGUGAAUAUCCGCUCCAAAUCAAUACCAAUGAGAAAGUAGAUGACGAGGAUCUGCAUGUAGGAGAGAGUAGCCAGAACAACAAAACCUCCCUAUCUGGGAAGAAAGGAAAGAACAAAAAGAAAAAGUUUAAAAAGCAAAACCAUGUUGGCGUCAAUAAGGAAUCCAGGCAAAAUUCGAAUAAACCCAUUGUGUUUGACUACAACCAGGUGGACUUUUCCAGGUUUCAGGGUGGCUCGAAACCUUUUGAAGGGAAAAGUAAAGCUGGUAAACAUUUUUCACGCAAUCAGGACGGAAAUGCAUCGAAUAACAGCGGUUCAAACAAUGAUUCACUGAAGAAAAAUCUACAUCCCAACAGUAGGAUAGCGAAGGGACUCAAGAAAAGUAAAAACAUGUUCAACUUUAGCAGCAGCAACUUGAACAAGAAGUGAACAACUUCAGUGUUUAAUAAUUAGAAAGUCUCAUUUAUGUUUUGUCGAAAAGCAAUUAUAUAUUGAAAGAAACGCGAAUACGUA